AUUUUUGCUUUCAAAAGAGAAUCUUAUUCUCCGACUCAAUUGCGAAAAUCGAAAGAUCGAUGGCUCUCGAUAUCUGCGUCAAGGUUGCCGUCGGGGCUCCUGAUGUUCUCGGAGACUGCCCGUUUAGCCAACGUGUUCUUCUGACCCUCGAGGAGAAGGAGCUUCCCUACAAGAUCCAUCUGAUUAACGUCUCCGAAAAACCCCAGUGGUUCUUAGACAUUAGCCCAGAGGGGAAAGUUCCGCUGAUGAAGCUUGACGGCAAAUGGGUGGCUGAUUCUGACGUUAUCGUUGGACUUCUUGAGGAGAAAUUUCCUGAGCCUUCUCUCAAGACUCCUCCUGAAUUUGCCUCUGUGGGAUCCAAAAUCUUUGGUGCUUUUGUGACUUUCUUGAAGAGCAAAGAUGCCAAUGACGGAUCCGAGAAGGCCUUGGUCGAUGAGUUAGAAGCCUUGGAUAAUCACUUGAAGACACAUUCUGGUCCUUUUGUAGCCGGAGAGAAAGUUACUGCUGUGGAUCUGAGUUUAGCACCUAAGCUUUACCAUCUUGAGGUUGCUCUUGGUCAUUACAAGAAAUGGUCUGUCCCUGAGAGCUUGACUAAUGUUCGUAACUACGCCAAUGCUUUGUUUGCUAGAGAGUCAUUCGAAAAAACCAAGGCUAAGAAUGAGUUUGUUGUUGCGGGUUGGGAAUCUAAGGUGAACGCUUGAUGUGGAUCCAUGCUUCUCCAGUCAAUGUUGUCUAGGACUAUUCACCCAAUAAUGAAUAUGCGUGUGUUCUUGUUUUUUUUUUGUAAGAGUUGGUUAACCUCCUAUCAAUAAUGAUGCAAUAAACAAUCAUGUUCUGUUUGAUAAUGUAUAUUUCUAAUUCAGUUUGGGAUUACAGACCUA